AUGGAAAGCGAACGGGUGGCUCAGUUUAGCGAAGUCACCGGCGCGGCGCCUGAGCUGGCGACACAGUACCUGCAGCUGGCUGAUUUCGACAUCGAGCAGGCCAUGCUACUCUAUUUCGAAAAUGGAGGCGCACCGUUGACUGAAGAGCCAUCUCAUCCCACUCGCCAGGUCGGCUUUGAAGAUGAGUCCGGGGUAGUUCACAUCGACUCCGACACCGACGAUGAUGCUGGGUCUCGCGCCCAAACGUCCGGACAAGCCGCGGGAGGGAUCUUUGAGGAUGAUGCUGCGAUGGCACGCCGCCUCCAGGAAGAGAUGUAUCAGGGUGGUGACCAUGAUGAUGGAGUGCGAGCGCCUAUGGCGCGCACAACUGAGACGUUGGUGGGGCCGGAGCCUGAUUUCGACAACGAUGAUAUGCAUGCCAACAUUCUCAGCCAGUUGCGUGGCCAUGGUGGUCAGGGCCGAGCCGGUAUUUUCAACCAAAGAUCAUCUGCAUCAAUAUGGGCAGGCGAUUCGGAAGCGACCCAUCAGGAACGACUCUCAAGAGCCACGGGUGGAGCGUCAGAUGCAUCAUCGAAAUCGAAUAUGCUUGCUGAAAUGUACCGCCCUCCGUUCGAAAUCAUGUCGCGAGUGCCUUGGGAUGUUGCCCGACAAGAUGGACGUGACAAUGAAAAGUGGCUGCUGGUCAACAUUCAAGACUCUUCAGUCUUCGACUGUCAGGUCUUGAAUCGAGACCUGUGGAAAGAUAAGAGUGUGCAGGAAACCGUGAAGGAACACUUUGUCUUCCUGCAAUUCUCUAAAGAUGACCCCAAAGCCGCGCCAUACCUUCAAUACUACUUCCAAGCAAGUGAUGUAUCCGACAACUACCCGCAUAUUGCCAUCGUUGAUCCCCGUACUGGUGAACAAAUGAAAGUCUGGUCAGGUCCCCCAGUGGUGAAGCCUGCAGAGUUUCUCAUGCAGCUGCAUGAGUUCUUGGAUCGGUACAGCUUGAAUCAUAACGUGCGCAACCCUGUUGCAAAGCGGAAGUUGGAUAAGAAGGAGAAGAGUAUUGAUGCCAUGACUGAGGAAGAGAUGAUGGAAAUGGCGAUGAGAAAUAGUCUCGGGGAGGAUAUGGCUCAAGGACAGAAACUAGAAGACCCUGACGAUCUGACCCGCAGCACAGGCGAUGUCAAGGGUAAAGGUCGGGCAAUCGAAGAAGAAGAAAAAGAAGAAGAAGACAUUAUGACAGAUGCAGAGCAUGCAGAAGAAGGAACGGGCCAAAUUUCUGCCUUUGCCUCGAUUUCAAGCAACCAAGCACAUGUUGAACCCGAGGCAGACCCAGCUACGACCACGCGCAUCCAGUUCCGUCAUCCGUCUGGCCGAGUUAUUCGACGGUUUGCGCUGUCCGAUCCCGUUCAAAGAAUCUAUGAAUGGCUGAAAGCUGAUCCUCCACUGGCGGACAAGGCUGGGGUGGAGUUCGAGCUAAAUGCCAUGGGGCGCAAUUUAAUAGACAACGUUGCUACAAGCAUCGAAGAUGCGGGCCUCAAAAAUGGCACCGUCAUGAUCGGAUACUUGGAAGACUAA